AUGUUGCUUUAGAUUUAGUUCUUUCAAAUAUUGAUUUAGUAUACUUAGUUGUAAAUAUCAAUAUUUUAUUAGAUUUAAUUAACAUAAUAGAUGUAGAAGUAAAAGCAGUAGAUUUAACAAAAGCAAUAGGUUCUGUAGAUUCAGCUAAUAUAAAAGAAACAAUAGAUUUG